AUGAAUCAUUAUAAUCAUUUCUCACAAAUGGCUUGGGCAGAAACUACCGAAAUUGGUUGUGGUGUAGCAAAAUGCCCAAACUCUGAUUGGAAAACCUAUACUGUUUGUCAAUACAAUCCACCUGGGAAUUAUAUUGGGCAAGUUAUUUACAAAAAAGGAAAACCUUGUAAUGGUUGUGGAAGCACUGGAUGUGCUUCUAAUGGAUUGUGUAAUUGA